AUGAUCAAUGACGUGAAUACAGAGUCGAGGGGCAUGGUACGGAUCACUAUGCAAUCCAUGCACGGUAAUUACCGCAGGGAUCUUACGUGUCUGGUGAUUCCGGUUAUCGCCGAUUUAAUUCCCUCAGAAGUCUUUCCGAGAGAAACGAUCAAAUUACCGUCAAACGUUAGAUUGGCGGAUCCGAGUUUCCACCUACCACGCGCGGUUGAUUUGCUGAUUGGUUCAGGGCUCACCUUAUCUCUGUUCUCCGUCGGACAGAUCAACUUGUCGCGUGAAGAUCACGAUCUGUAUUUGCAGAAAACACGACUCGGAUGGGUUGUGGUAGGCGGUGUACCGUCGCAAGUUUCUUCAAAACCGACGUGUUGCAUGACGAAUCUCGAGAAUCAAUUAAACAAAUUUUGGGCAAUUGAAGAAGUCAGGGAAGGUAAGAUGAAAUCGGACGAGCAAAUCGAUUGCGAAGCGCACUUCGAAGGGACGGUGUCUCGCGACGCCGACGGGCACCACAAGGUUCGCUUACCGUUUCGCAAAUCAAACACGCGACUAGGGGAAUCGCGGUCCAUCGCGCUGAGACGUCUAUUGUCGCUGGAGCGUAAACUCAGUUCAAACGCUGCGUUAAGAAAAGAGUACGCGCGAGUAAUCGAGAAGUAUUUGACCCUCAAUCAUACGUUAGCAAUAGAGGGUCCUGAUGACGACGGUUACUAUCUGCCGCACCACGCGGUAAUCAAAGAGGCGAGUAACACGACUAAGGUUCGAAUGGUGUUCGACGCCUCGGCGAAGACAAAUAGCGGAAUGUCGUUGAGCGACGUGUUAAUGGUAGGACCUACCAUUCAAGACACGUUGUUCUCGCAUUUAAUCCGAUUCCGCACAUAUAAUUAUGUCAUCACGGCAGACAUCGAAAAGAUGUAUCGCCAGGUGUUAUUGCACGAAGAUGAUCGCCGUUAUCAGAGAUUCCUCCGACGCGUGGAUGGAUUACUCGGUCCGAUUAUUCUAUACGCUAAAGGGCUGAUGCAAGACAUAUGGCGUUCCGGUUUACAAUGGGACGAAUCUGUCCCACAAGACAUAUAUACGGAGUGGAAGGAAUUUGUUCGACAAUUAGAAUCAAUAAAUCGCUUUACCUUUGAACGUAAAUUGCUAAUAAACGACUAUCACGACGUUCAAAUACACGGAUUCUGUGAUGCCAGUAGUGUCGGCUACGGUGCAUGCUUGUAUGUUCGAUCUAGCAGGGAAAAUGAGACUACGAUUGUCAGAUUGGCAUGCGCCAAAUCAAGAGUCGCGCCGUUAAAACCUAUUACUAUUCCGCGUUUAGAACUCUGUGGUGCAUUAAUAUUGGCGCAAUUAUAUCGGGAAGCAAGCGCUAUAUUUAACGUUACGCCUAACCGAGUCAUUUUCUG